CCCGUCGCUCGCUCUUUCCCCGGACUCAAUCUCGAAAUCCUCAGCUCUCUUCUUACGGCCGGCCUACUGGUUUUACUGAAAAUUCACGCCAUACUUUAUCAACUGUCUCUGUUGUCGCCGCCUCNNCUGUUCCCUGCGCUUCGAUAUACUCCUGCAGCUGCCCGUCACCAAGAAAAUUCCCCUCUGUGCGACACGCCGUGCAUAAGCGUAACCACGACAGNNCCGACGUCAGACACGACAAGCAUUAGAAACCACGACAACAACACCUUGCUUCUGGUUCAUGUUUCGCUUCUGACCCACCGCAGCACAAGACAAGCCAGAGACUCGUGGGAGAUUGACUCUUCCACUCCAACUCCCAAGCUGGCGCCUAUAUUUGAGCACCAGCGUGCCUCUGUUGGCACCCUGACCACAGACUCAACCCACAGCAACUCUGCUGCUGGAACCCGUCGUAAGAGCAGCAACGGCUUCUGGGGCAGCGUGAUGAGCUCGCGCAAACCCUCACAUUUUCAAACCGAUUCUGCCCACUCUGCAAAGAUUGCCAUUUACUCAUCUACCACCGACUGCGACGCCGACGACGAAGCCACAAUGUCUGCCGAGGAGGCACCACAACAACAACGUCCUGCCAGCGUUCACAUGGCUGUAUCUGCUCCCUCUUCAGCAACAUCAGAAACACGGCCAAUGUCCUCGGAAACUGCACCUUUCUGCCCAAGGCGACCAAACCUUCGCGAAAUCCUUGCAAACACAGCACCUGCACCCUGGACUCUCGCUGCCUUCAUGGCUUACCUCUCUAACAACCACUGCCUAGAAACACUGGAAUUUACCAUGGACGCAGGUAGAUACAAGAAGCAUUUCCACAGAAUGAUGAAUAAGGCUCCUAUUCCUGGUCAACCAACGGAACACGAUGCAAACUAUGUCAAGGAACUAUGGGUUCGUUUGAUGGAAGCUUACAUUCAGCCCAAUGGCUCGCGUGAAGUAAACCUACCAUCGCAAGUCCGUGAUCCCAUCUUGGGUCAUGUGCCUGCAAACACACUGCCACCGGAGCCUUCAGUACUGGAGCCAGCCGUCUCCAAGACUUACGAGUUGAUGGAGGAGUCAGUCCUGGUACCAUUCCUCAACAGUGUUUAUCCUCAAUCACCUACACCCGUCAGCCCUUACUACUCCAACAACUCAAACGAGAGCAUGACAACGACCUCUGAAGAAAAGUCGUCCCGUUUUGGUCGCCGCAGCCGUCAUUCGUCGAGGGGUAGCCCUCCUCCUCUUAGCGCGAGCUCUGUUGAAUUCUCCGCUUCCUCCUAUUCUCCUCCUUCCCUGAACAACCGCAAAUCUGCACCUUCGGCUCUCACUACUGCUCUCUCUCGUCACCGUUUCUCCACCAAGCUCAGCCCUACCAGCUCAGCGCCAUCUCACUCUAUUUCCGCUGCUCUCAGCACAACAAGUAGUGCAUCUGAAGCCCUCUGUACAGGGCCUGGACUUACCGACGACUCUGGUAGCAGCGGGUCGCCGAUAAACGAAUGCCCAAUGACUCCACCAGUCACACCGCCAAUGAGCGAUAUCAGCGGAAGCCCCAGAACGCACAGAGAUAGCGGCACCUGGAGGAAGCUGGGCCGCUUGAGUGGCUGGAAGCCAUCACGGAAAAGAAGCCAGCCAGGUUUCGACCUCCACACCACA